AUGUACCUGCUAUGGUUGAUGUGGUGUUUCAUGUUAGCUACUCCUGCAGAAUCUGUUGCACUACUUUGUCGUAACUGCGGGCAUGAGAUUGUCGAAGGUUCAACGCUUACCAGUGAAAAAAGUGUGAAAGCUAUACGUUCAUAUAAUAUGACUAUUUUGGGCCGCAGUCAGCUCGUUCAAGUCUUCGAAAAUGCCGUCCCUGAAAAAUUCGAUGUGAUAACUGCUUCAACCGCUGAAUUGAGACUUGCAGGUAAGCCUUUCCUAGCGGAUACUUGGUGGCCGAAUUAUGAGUGGACUGUUUGUGUAUGCCCUAGCUGUGGUUUUCAUUUGGGAUGGUAUUUCCAAUCGGGUAAUAUUCAAUCGAAAUUACAUAAAUCAUUCUUUGGGCUUGUGCUGGAUUACUUAAUCAGUGAAGAAUAUGUUGAUUUGCUGACGUGGGUACCAUAG